AUGGAUGAGGUAGUGGAAAUUCUAAGGAAAAUCGAGCAGAACUACAAGAUCUUCCAGCAGCAGCAGUUCACAUUUAUCAGAGCACUGGAACACACCCGAGAGGAAGCCCACGAUUUGAUCAAACCUGUGUCAUCCAUAGUCCAGGUAGAGUGCUACAAGGACCACCACUGUCACAACUCCAGAGACAGGCGUGUACUCAACAUGUUCAUCUCCAUCUGCAACGAUCUCCGCAACCUCUGCCACAAGCUGGAAAAGGUUCAUCCUGGGGACAGCGUGUCCAAUGGCCUUUUGGAGAAGUGCAAAGUGCUCCUUAAUGACAGCAACGACUUCACUGCCCUUCGAGCCACCUACCCCCACGGUGUUGUGAACUACCUGAGCUUAGAGGAAGCAAGGAAUCGUUAUGGAGGGGUGGUGAGCCUCAUCCCCAUCGUUAUAGACAUUGUGAGGGAGUGGAUAACCUACAGUAAGCGGAAAGUGCUGUAUGUUGUGAGUCAUGGACAUGAAACAUCCAAGAAGGAGACACCCACUUCCCAAACAUCCCCUGCCAGGCACUUUGCAUCUCAGACCUCCGUUAGUAACAAAAAUACUGUGCAAUUGCAGGAAAAAGAUUUCCAGAAAUACCUAGCUGCAAAUCAACGUCCUCAACAAAAGGCUCCCUGGAGGCCACCAGGCAAACACCCCUAUUAG